AUGGCUGAAAUUGAUCCCGUUGGGAGUAGAGAGGGGAUUCUUUGGACGGAUUUUAGAGGAUUGGAGAAGUUUAAGGGAGACAUGAGAAUAGAAGAGAUUGGGAGGGUGGUGGAUAAUAUUUUGGAAGCAUUAGAGAGUAGGAGGAAGGUCACAAACCUGGGGGGAAGAAGAGAGGAAAUGUGGGUACGAUGGGAACCGCCCCCGGUUGAUCGGGUGAAGAUCAACAUGGACGGAGCUUUUGAUAAUAACCUAGGAGUAGGGAGGGCUGGGGGUUGA